UUUCCCUGGAGUUUCUGCAGAAAAUUCUGAAGACUUUGAGAGCAGAGCUCAAUCGUCUCCUUCACCUGCUGGUUCGGGGCUGAUACUCCAGCAGUGCGAAACAAUGAGGGGCACGGGACUAUUUCUCGGUACCACCCUACUGGUCACGGCCUUGGUGUCGGUGUCCUCAGUGAUUGCAGAUGGCGAGACUACAGGGGUCAGUGUGGUGAAGGACAGGAGACCCUCUAGACACCGGAGGGAGGUGCUCACGCUGGGUGAGCCAGCGGAAGGGAUGAUGAUGGAUGACCCCAACCCUGAGAGGGAUGCUGGAAAAGUCAAACCUGUGGUCAAGAAAUCCCCCGAGGAAGUUUUGGCAGCUAAAGCUAAGAAAGCAGCAGAAAAGGAGGCUAAAGCCAAGAAGCAGAAAGCCCCCAAGUCCACCAAGAAACCAAAGCUCCCAAAACCCACCAAAAAACCUAAACCCACCAAGCCCCCCCGACAAACCAAGAAGCCAAAGCCCACCAAGAAGCCAAAGCCCACCAAGAAGCCCAAGGCCACAAAAGCACCCAAGAAAGCCAAACCCACCAAAAUACCCAUGCCCACCAAAGAAACCAUUGAAGAAGUGAAGCCAGUAGAGCAACCUGGCCUGGAGGAGGAGGAAGAGACGUUUCGGACUGAGCUGGGAUGGGACAAGUUGCUCCCUACGGUAGACCAUAAGAUUCCAGAAAAAGAAGAUACUCUUUAUCCUGACCAGGAUGUGUUUGGGAAACCCGAGGCACCCAUACCCCCAAGCACGGUGACAAAGACUCUGAAAGAGACCGAAGAGGACUACUGGGACGCCAAAUAUGAUGUGUUGGAGCCCUUCCCCGACGGCAAGGAAGCAGAACCCACGGAGGAGUCGUACCCCUUUAUCCCAGAGGAGACGUCCCCUCCGCCUCACCCCAUCCCUUGGUACGAAGAGUACGACUACGACGACAACGCCGAAAAGAAGCUCGAGGAAGAGCGGGAGAGGGCUCGGAAGGAGAAGGAAGAGAAAGAAAGAGAGAGGAAGAAGUGGGAGGAGGAGGAAGAGGAAGCCAAAGUGAAGCCGCCUCCCGUCUAUAUGGAACCAAAGAUUUGCCCCCCGCUGGGAAUGGAGUCUCACCGUGUGGAGAACGACCAGCUGCUGGCUUCUUCUAUGGCCCACCACGGCCUCGGAGCCCAGAGGGGGAGGCUCAACAUGCAGGGAUCAGACGAUGACGACGACAUGUACGGCGGUGCCUGGUGCGCUGACCCAGAGGAGCGGAACCACUGGUUUGAAGUGGAUGCUCGCCGCGAGGUCCAGUUUACCGGAGUCAUCACUCAAGGCCGAGACUCCAGGACACAUGAGGACUUUGUCUCCUCGUACCACGUGGCCUUCAGCAACGACAGUCGGGACUGGACGGUGCUUCACGAUGGUUAUGCUGAGUGGCUCUUCUUCGGAAACGUGGACAAGGACACGCCGGUGAUGUCCCAGUUCGCCGAGCCCGUGGUGGCGCGUUACAUUCGCGUCCUCCCUCAGAGCUGGAACGGCAGUCUCUGUCUGAGGCUCGAGGUGCUGGCCUGUCAGCUGAGCAGCAACCACCUCAGUGAGAACGAGGUCACGCCCGUGGAUUACCUGGAAUUCAAGCACCACAACUACAAGGAGAUGAGGCAGCUGAUGAAAGUAGUCAAUGAGGAGUGUCCUAAUAUCACCAGGAUCUACAACAUUGGAAAGAGCUCCAAGGGGCUGAAGAUGUACGCCAUGGAGAUCUCUGACAACCCCGGGGAGCACGAGACAGGGGAGCCUGAGUUCCGCUAUACGGCUGGUCUCCAUGGAAACGAGGCUCUGGGACGGGAGCUGCUGCUGUUGCUCAUGCAGUUCCUCUGUCGGGAGUACAAUGACGAGAACCCCAGAGUGCGUCGCCUGGUGGAUGGCGUGCGCAUCCAUUUGGUGCCCUCGCUCAACCCUGAUGCCUAUGAGCUAGCUUAUGAAAUGGGCUCUGAAAUGGGCAACUGGGGUCUAGGGCACUGGACAGAGGAGGGAUACGACAUCUUCCAGAAUUUCCCUGACCUUAACAGCAUUUUGUGGGGGGCAGAAGACCGGGGUUGGGUCCCUCGUAUUGUCCCAAAUCACCACAUUCCCAUACCGGAGAACUACCUGGUAGAGAACGGCUCGGUUGCCGUGGAAACCCGGGCUAUUAUUGCUUGGAUGGAGAAGAACCCCUUUGUGCUGGGGGCAAACAUCCAGGGUGGGGAAAAACUGGUGGCAUAUCCUUUCGACAUGCAGCGUCCCCCCAAGAUAGAACCACUUGGCCAAGAAGGGAGACGCUCAGGGCGGCAGGAGGCGGAGGACGAGAUCAAUGAAGAGACCUGGGCCAGGAUGUACUGGCAGAAGGACGGGGAGCUGAGGGAGACACCGGAUGACUUCAUGUUCCGUUGGCUAGCCACAUCUUAUGCUUCCAGCCACCUCACCAUGACAGAGACAUACCAUGGCUCAUGCCACACGGACGAUGUCACCGGUGGUCAGGGCAUCGUCAACCGUGCCAGCUGGAAGUCCACUGUGGGCAGCAUGAACGACUUCAGCUACCUGCACACCAACUGCUUCGAGCUGUCCAUCUUUGUCGGCUGCGACAAAUUCCCCCACGAGAGUGAGCUGGCCCUUGAGUGGGAGAGCAACCGGGAGGCAUUGCUGGUCUUCAUCGAGCAGGUACAUCGUGGGAUCAAGGGUGUGGUGAGGGAUGUGCUGAGCAACCCAGUUGCAAAUGCAACAGUCUCCGUUGAGGGGAUCAAGCAUGAUGUAAAAACAGCGGCCACCGGAGACUACUGGAGGCUGCUCAACCCUGGGGAGUACCGUGUGACGGUGCGAGCGGAGGGCUUCACGCCCCAAACACGGCUCUGUCUGGUUGGCUAUGACCAGGGGGCAACCUCCUGCAGCUUCACCCUGAACAAGUCCAACUGGGACCGCAUUCGUCAAAUCAUGGCCUUCAACCGGAAUCGAGGACACAACAAGGGAGGGGCUGGUGGAGGGAACAGGGUUGGCACUGGGAAGGGUCUCUCGCCUGAAAAUGCUCGGCUGCACCGCCUACGUUUGCUCCGCCUACGGAGGCUGAGGCAGCAGAGACUGAGGGCCAACUUGACUACCACCCUGCCUCCCACCACCACCAUCACCACCACCACCACCACCACUCUACCACCAACCACAACUCUUCUACCUACAACCACAUUUGAGCCGCUGACCGAGACCUUCCCCUCCAACUAUGACUGGAUAGAGAGCUUUCUGAACCCCACCUCCAAGGAUGGCCUUGAGGAAACAUGGCCCACGCCAGACUACGGUUUUGAGUACAAAAUAGAUGAUUACUGAGAGUGGCGGCGGGUCGUCCGAACACUGCUGGUCUGAAAAGGGCUUUCAGAAGAUAAGCCUCGUACAUACAGACCUCCCCAAAGAUCUUAGGUUUCACAGUCUAAAGACUCUGAAUGCCUACGACCUACAGGCAAAGAUUCUUGCCCCCCCACACAUUUAAAAGUCUACAGCCCCAACUAUCAAUGGCUCAAAAAGAUCCAAAGACCCAUAGACCAAUGAUCUACAACCCAGAUGUGUUUAUCUGAAAGACUCACAGUCUCAAAGACCUACAGACCUGCAAGCUUCAGAAAAAAAUGCUGCAGGGGAACAAUCAAAAAAGGCCAAAGAUGCACAGCUCCAGAGACGUACGUCCGAGACCCAUAGCCUCAGAUGUGUAAAAUCCUUCUCUACUUGUGUUUGCGCCCAGUACACGAACACAUUGUGAUACGUUCCUCAUAUAAAGGCCCAUAGAUUCAGUCGUUUCAAGCCCCUUGUAUUUUCUGCUGAGCAGAGAUGAGGCGGUGUGUUCAGCACAGUUUAAAGAUUGUAAUUGUUUUUAAGAACGCAAAUUUCCAGUGGACUGUCGUUUUAGGGCCACACCGUGAAAGCACUUCAAGAACACAAAUCUCUGCAAUGAGACUGAUUGCAGGAGACAGACGUGCAUGGAAACAUGAACGCAAACCCAUUCGCCUUCACCCACAAGCAUUGCAAAUCGAGAAGAAAAUUUUUGUUUCCUUGAUUCAAAAUACUCUACAUUCUUCUUUUGCUUUCUGAAAACCUUUCCGAGCGGUUUAUUUAAAAGCAAACGUUUGUACGUCAUUUAAUUUGCAGUAAAUAAAGACAGAUUGAAAUGGCAAAAAA